AUGGAUCAAUCUCAGAACCAGCGAUCACUAACAACACCACCACCACCAUCGCGUUCUGUUCAAUUCCACCCUGCUCGAGUACCGAUUCUCGAUCUCCUCACUCUACUUAGGACUUGGAAGAAACAGCCGCAACAAACCCGACGACUCAUUCCGCGAACCACCGAACAAAGCGCAAAAACGCUUUCUUCGGCAGAAUUACCGGUUGAUCAAAUGAGUCAAGCAGUGUCAACAAUUACCUCUUCUAGCUUAUCACAGUCAGGAAUGUUGCCUCCUCUAAAUACAAUUACUAAUUCUUCUAAUUUUCAGUCUUCAAAUCCUGCAUCUCCAUUGAAUUCUGUCCAUACUAUUGGCUCCCCUGCAUAG